AUGCGCCACUCACCUAGUUGGGAGUGGUCUGAUAGUGACAGCCACUCUCCGAUUCAAAAACUUGAAUUAUUUGCCCCCCAAGAACCUCAGCAAGAUGCGCCUGCCUCUGAUAUUGCGUCUGGGGAAUUAACUGUGUCUGAACCAGGCUGGAGUGAUGACUCGGACUCAGACUCACCGAUGCCAUGGGACCCUAUUUCUUCGAGUGGUCCCAUACGCUCCAGCCCUGUUAACGAAUCAGAUCCUUAUGAACGUGCAGCACAUCGAAGGAGGAAGGGAUACAAAAAGCGGGCACAUACUUUGGCUGGACAAAAGGAGGAUAACGAAAAACAGCUGAGGAAAAACAAGCGUGAGACUUUGGAUGGAAUUCUGGCGACGUUGAACCAGCAGGGUUUGAAGGUUUGGGAUUUUAUGGAACAUGUCUUCCAUCCGAAGAGCAAGAAAGGUAGUGUGCAGUGGCAACAAUUCUUCUCCACCCAGGCAAAUGUGACACAGCUCCUUGACUGGUGGACUUCCUCUAACAACAGCCGCACUGCACGGAAGUACAUCAAUCAGUGGAUUCAAGGGCAUGUGGCUGCGGUGGUAUCUCAGGAGGCUCGUAGAGUUACCAAGCUCAAGAAGCUCCAAACCAUGGGCAAGACGAUUGACAGUACAUUCGCUUCAACAUUCAGCUUCCCAGCUAUCCAUUCCAUGCUCUCGAAGGAUGCGCCUUUUACUUUAUCUGUUCUCCAGUCAUUGGCGACAGCUCGAAAAGCGGCAACACACACCCAAAAGCGAAAGAACAGAACAAAGAUGUUUACCCUCUCCGAGGUAGUCAUCUCAGCUGCGCUGGCCUGUCUUGGGGAGUAUAGUCAUGCCAACAACCUUGCAAAAAGGAUGAUUGGAAUGUACAUGUAUGCUUCUGGUGCCCAGCGACAGGCACUCUCGGUGUUGUCUACUCUUGGACUAUCCGAGAGCUAUGGCAACCUUAUAUCGAAGAAUGUGAGGCGUGUACGAAUGGUCAAAGGGAGAAAACAGAAGAUGAAGGAGAAAGGAAAGGAGAAAGAGAUGUAUUCAGAAGGUCCCAAGGUUCCGACUGGUACUCUCUAUCAGUUGUCAGAAUCCAUGCGACAGGAAACCCGAGAGAUCGCAGCAACAGGUCUUUUCGUAACUGUUUAUGACAACAUCAACAUUAAUUUUCGCAACCCUGAGGAAAUCAUUGGACGCCAUGACACACAAGAGAAUGGUACUUGUGCUGCACUUGUGCCACUAUUUGAUGCGAAGAUGGAGGACUUAAAUGUCAAGGACCUUCAAUCCUCAUUUCUCAAUGCCCCGGCGUUAUCCAUUGCAGAUAUUGUUCACACAAAAGACGAAAGGAAGGCCUUCAAGUCUCAUUUAAUAUUCACUAUUCUCCGCAUUCUUGUGAAGCAUGGUGGCCAAGGAUUUGAACGCUUCCAGGCUGAUCUUGACAAGGCACAGCCAGCAACAGCUGACAAUAUCAAGAUUCAUAAAUCACAAUUACACCCAUUGCCUGCUUGGAAUAUCGAUGAAUCUUCGAUCACAGGAAACGCGGAGGUUAUCGAGGCAAUAAAUAAAGAGCUUCAACUUGAUCAAGUUCCAGAAGCUGCAGAGCGUGUUCAAUUCCUUGCUGGUGAUCAGCUGUCCAUUGCUCGACUACAUGCUCUUGAGCUGAUCCGAGCUGGCCAUGAAAGUGGAAGGAAUGCAAUGUUCUGGGGUGCAUGGAUUCCAGGACUCUUUCAUGCCAAGAUCGCAGAUGCUCUAGGUACUCUCUUGACACAUUUUGGAAGACCUGACACUGGUUCACGCGAUCCCAAUUCACUGUGGUAUGAGAAUACACGUCUAGACCGACUACCGAUAACUGUGACUUCUUUGCCACCCUUCCGCAAAUGCCGUGAUCUCCUUUUCAUAUCGCUCUAUGCACGCAUCCUCCACUGCUUACUUCUUGUGUCCAAAUGCAACAGCCUGGAAGAAUAUCUGGUCAAAUUUAGCAGUUGGGGUGAUUUGACAAUGCACGCAACAAUGAUUUUCGAGCAGUUCACAAACUCAUCACAGGUACAAGAAUUGCGAAGCCGAGAAGGGGAAGGAGAUAUGGUGUUGGAAAAUGUGAUUCUCUUCAUGCGUGAUGCCCUUAUUUCCCAGGAAUUUACCGAUGCUGUGAAAGCUGGUGAUUCGGGAAGGGUUGUGCUCAUUCUGAAGACAUGGGCCUUGAGCUACCGAGGAAAUGGACGAACCAAGUAUGCUUACGAGAUGCUCCAUUUGAUCCACCAUCUCUCGAAAAUUUGGCCAAAAGGGAUACGCGAUAUCGUCUUGAAGAACUGGUUGUUGAAUACUACUGGCCACGCAAAUAGCUUUGUCGAAAUAGACCUUGUACAGGAGCAUCUAAAUUUCUGGAUCAAGACGGCAUACAAGGCCCAUGGCUCAAACACAUCAUGGGAUUGGCUGAAUACACUUGCACCCACAAUCGAGGUCUUGAGGAACACUGCCCGAAAUUUUAACGAUACUCUCGGUGCUGAUCAAGGAACUCGACACGCACCUCCUGACCUGACAAACGACAUCGCGACAUUGAUGGACAGCCUCAAUGAAAACAAUGUUUACCGCCUUCAAAAAGGAAGGGUUUUGGGCAAGGAUACAGGUGGCACCGUUAAAGACGUCAUUUUAGCGGGGCUACACAGUCUUACUGAAGGCGAAAAAACACCACUUACUGAAUACAACGAAGCCGUCCAGCGUCUACAACGCAGGCGCAGCAUGAUGUCCGUUGCUGAGCAAAAACUGCGAUUCCGACCACCAUCCGAGCCGCCAGCACCUGCAAAUAUCAAUCCCCCCACUAACCCGAGUCCACCCCUCGAAAAUCCAGCAGCGAUGCCAGUUGGAGAUGUUGGCGAAGGCAUGUUGGUGGAUGAAAGCGUUGAAAGAGAGCCUGAUGAAGCAUCUGAGGAACCGAAUGAGAUCGAGAGAAUUCUGGAUGAACUCACUGAUGGAAUUCCAGAAGCCACUCUUGUAAGGUUGAGCGAAGAAGAUGUCGCAUUGGAUAUGGAUGAGAGGCAACUGCGACAUUGUGUUCAUACGCUUUGUCUUGACCUCUUCGCUACCCUCUUUUGCUUCUGCUUUACUCACAUGGAAUUGAAUGGGAGGGUUGGAACCUCUGUUGAGAGCUCGUCACCGGCUCGCCACGGAGCUGCCAAGCAUGUACUCGCGGGUGACCAGCUGUCCAUCACUCGAUUACAUGCUCUCAAACCGAUCCAAAGUGGCCAUAAAAGUGGAAGCGAAGCGAUGUUUGGGAGUGCAGGGAAUCCGGGACUGUUUCACGCGAAUAUUGUGGAUCUUCUAGGUCCUCUCUCGACACAUUUCGGAAAACCUGACACCAGUCUGCGCAAUCCUGAUUCCAAUUCAUUAUCGUGCGAGGAUACAUGCGUGGACUGUGCCGAAGGCAAAAAAUCACCACCUACCAUGUUCUGGCCACCAUCUGAGCUGCCAGCUCCAGCAACUCUCAAACCCCCAACUAACCCAAUACUUUACCCUCCCCGGGUUAUUCCAUGUGGAAUCCAUGGAAUGGGGGGUGGACUGCAGAAAUUCCAGAUGGAUUCCAUGGAAGGGGGGGAUGGAUUCCAUGGAAGGGGGGGGAUGGAUUCCAUGGAAGGGGGGAUGGAUUCCAUGGAAGGGGGGGAUGGAUUCCAUGGAAGGGGGGAUGGAUUCCAUGGAAGGGGGGGAUGGAUUCCAUGGAAGGGGGGAUGGAUUCCAUGGAAUGGCUGA